CUGUGGUGUCAGCUACUGGUGGUGUCAACUACUGGUCAUGUCAAAUACUGGUGUCAGCAGGUGGUAGUGUCAGCAGCUGGUAGUGUCAGCAGCUGGUGGUGUCAUAGACUUCAGCCACAAGUGCCAUACACAAUCAUUAAGUGUGGGAAGUUACUGCUGGUAUAUGGUGUCAGAAAUUGGUGUCACACAUCACUGUGUCAACAAGUGCCAUAGUGUCAUUUACAGGCUGGCCUGGGGGUCACCUUUUCCUUAUUGCUCCACUGUUCAACCAGGCUGUUGCUGUUAGCACCCCAUAUUGCACAUAUAACAGCUCAGCAUGAAUCACAGAGUAUAACCCAACAUGAGUAUUUAGAGCUUCAAUAAAAGGUAUUUCCCAUCAGUCCUGUCUAACAUAAAAGAUGAAGGUGAGUGUAGAUAAACAUUUCCAAUGUUUGGAGUGUUUAAAACUCUUCAAAAAUAGACGUGGACUCACCAAGCACAUGAGAGUACAUUCAACAGAGAGACCAUACCAAUGUUUGGAGUGUUUUAAGGGGUUUAAAGAGAAAUUAUUCCUAACUGAGCACAUGCGCAGUCACACAGGAGAGAAGCCAUAUGUGUGUCCCGUAUGUCUCAAAGCAUUUUCACGAAAAUCAACACUAAAACAUCACACGCGAGUUCACACCGAUGAUAAACCACACCAGUGUACUGAAUGUCCAAAGAAAUUCUCAUUCAGGUUUACUCUGAUAGAACACAUGCGAAUCCACACUGGGGAGAAGCCAUACCAGUGUCCUGAGUGUUUGAAAAAGUUCCAGCAACGAGCGCAUUUAAAGGAACACAAGAGGAUCCACACUGGAGAGAAACCUCAUCAAUGUUCUCAGUGUCUUAAACAGUUCUCCUGGAAGUCAUCUCUGUGGCAUCACAUGAGAGCUCAUGCUGGAACAAAACCACAUCAGUGUCCUCAGUGUCAGAGAGAAUUUGCCUCUAAGUCACAUUUGACAGACCACAUGAGGACUCACACAGGAGAGAGACCAUACAGGUGUUCAAUCUGUCUGAAAGACUUUACUCGCAGAUAUUCUCUGACUCUCCACAUGCAGAUCCACACUGGGGAAAAACCAUUCCAGUGCCCAGACUGUCUUAAAGAAUUCUCAAAAAAACCAUAUCUGACUGACCACAUGAAGACUCACACUGAGGUCAAACCAUACCAGUGUUCAACGUGUCUCAAGGAAUUUAGACGCAAAUCACACAUUAUAAAUCACAUGAGGACUCACUCUGGCACUAAGAGGUACCAUUGUUCAGAGUGCCAGGAGGACUUUCCUAAGAAAGCUUACCUGACGGAACACAUGAACGUUCAUGCAGAACACAAACAAAUGAUUGCUUGUAGCAUGUGACAUGUUGACAGCGAGGUUCCCUGAUGCUGCUGUAGGGCUCUUGAUUCAGGGAAUUGAAGCUGUCCCUUCCCUUGGAUCAAACUCAGUUACCUCCUUUUCAAUGGCUGCUUUACGACCCCUAUGAGUACAAUGCUUCCCCGUGUAUGUACUGCUCAACUCUGGUGUGAGAGAGUGACACUAAACACAAGUCAACAUCCUGAAAUAACUCGUGUAAAUACCUUUGUAAAACUCUCUGUAAAGUUUUGUUUUUGUUAGGCAUAAACAUAACAAAUUUAUGUUAGGUAAGAAUUGACAACAAACACAGGUAUUGCACUUAAUAUCUGUGCAUAAUAUAACACCUGUGAUUGUUAGCUAAUAUAUAUUGUAUGCUUCUUUGGCCUUAAAUAACUAAAAUAUCAAUAAUAAAAUCUAUUAAGCACUAGCAAUCAGAGCUUAAAACUAUCAGUUUAAUUUCUAAACUGGGUAUAUAAAGUUUAUAAAAUUUGGUUUUGUUGUCUAGCAUAGUGAGUGUAUGUUGAAGCCUCAUUAUAAACACACAUUUAUUUCAUGUCUUUGAUACACAAAUAACCAUGAUAAUUAACACGUGAUCCAUCAAGUUAUGAGUGCUGGUGACGGGGAGGAAAACUCUUGUAAUAAUGUUGUUUGAAUUACAGACAAUAUGUUAGGUAAGAGGAAACAAGUGCAACUAUUGUGACAUUUUAUUGUGGCAAAGCUUCGCUCUCCAGGAGCUUUGUCAAGCCGUUACAAACAAUACAUGGACACAGAGGUGCUCUGCACUACCUGUAUAUACAGUGGACCCCCAGCAUACGAUAUUAAUCCGUUCCUGACAGCUCAUCGUAUGCCGAAAUUAUCGUAAGGCGAAUUAAUUUUCCCCAUAAGAAAUAAUGGAAAUCAAAUUAAUCCGUGCAAGAUACCCAAAAGUAUGAAAAAACAAAAUUUUACCAUAUGAAAUAUUAAGUUUAAUACACACAAACUGAAGAAGACAUGCACAGUUAGUAGUACUCUACUAACAAUAGAAUACAUGACACUUACCUUUAAUGAAGAUCUGGUGAUGAUUAAUGGGAUGGAAGGAGGGGAGAGUGUCGAACUUAUUGUUUAGAAGGGGAAUCCCCUUCCAUUAGGACUUGAGGUAUCAAGUCCUUUUCCGGGGUUACUUCCCUUCUUCUUUUAAUGCCACUAGGACCAGCUUGAGAGUCACUGGACCUCUGUCGCACAACAUAUCUGUCCAUAGAACUAUGUACCUCUCAUUCCUUUAUGAUUUGUCUAAAGUGGUUCACAACAUUGUCAUUGUAAUAGUCACCAGUGCAGCUUGCAAUAGCUGUGUCAGGGUGAUUUUCAUCCAUAAAGGUUUGCACUUCAAGCCACUUUGCACACAUUUCCUUAAUCUCUUUUUUCAAUUCCAUACUAAUUCUCACCCUUUUUACCACAGGGAUGGCACUAGAAGCUUUCUUGGGGUCCUUGGAGACUUAUUUUGCAGUUACAAGCACUAAAAACACUGGGAUAGUGUGAAAUGUACUGAAUGUAUGCGAGAUGCGACCGCACUGACUGGCUUGUGAACACUGGCGCUGAGGCCACAUGUGGGACGUGUCCCGGACGAAUCGUGUGAGGCGAGUUUUUUAACGUGAGGCGAGGCAAAAUUUUUGCAUUAAAAUGUAUCGUAUGCCGGAUUUAACGUAAGGCGAUGCCAUCGUAUGCCGGGGUCCACUGUACCUCUGAAGGUGGAGACACUCAACAAGUGCCUCCACCUUCAUGUGUUAACAAUGGUUAUUUUGACCACUAUUGGCAGUGUCAUAGUUUGUAAUGAUUUCUUGAACAAUGUUGCAGUGGCAGUACUUGAGCUGCUCUUCUCUAACUCAGUAACUUCCUGUAUUUCUACUGUAAGUCAGUAACUUGCUGUAUCUUCACCAUCUCUGUUGAAUCACUCCAUAAAACUGAAGAUCAUUGACAUAAUAA